AUGGUCAAUCUGGAGAUGUCACAGAAAGAAGGGAAUGUCACUGACAGUCGCCAGGACCUGUUCACCCUGCCAAGGAGUUAUGCAUUGGCCCAUUGCAUAGCUUGGAAUGUGGGAGCAUCACGAGGGAUUGCUAUGGUCUUCGGGAGAAAGUUUAGAAGAUUGGAUGAGCUGAACCUCCAGAAUCAAACAGUGGGAAAAGCACUUUAUCAGAAUCAACAUCUGUUCUAUUUGGUGACGAAGGACCAACCCCAGGAAGAAUCUACAUAUCAGGCUUUGUGGCAAAGUUCAAUGCACCUGUGGACUCAUCUCCAAUUCCUGGGAGUGGAGCAACUUGGUAUCCCCAGUCUCAGCUGUGGCUAUGAUGGAUUGGACAGAAAAUUGUGA